AUUAGACUCACUGAUCAACUUUCUCCACAGGCGUAUAUGAUAAAAAGGCUACUUUGUUUGGUCUUUUGGCUAUGUAUCUCUUUGGCUCUUUUCUCAAACUCUCCUUUUCCCUUUUCCCUUUUCCCUGAUUUCGGUUUCUUCCCAGAAAAUAAUUUCUUCUAGUUACCUUUUCAAAUCCUUUUGAUCUCUCUUCCCAUCUUUCCCUUCAAAUCUUCUUUUAAGACGAGGAAAUUUGGUAGAAAAAAAUGGCAUUGGAGGCAGUUGUUUACUCAUAUUAUAAUCCCUGCAAGGAUUUCUACUCAUUAUUGACUGAAGGAGGCGGCUAUGAUCAGUAUCUUUUUCAAGAAGAAGAUAAACCCCUUCUUGGUCUCCAUGAAAACAGUAGCUUCCGAGAUGGGAAGGAAUCCUGGGAUCAUUCUCUGUACUCUUCCCCUGAAGUCUGUACUGCUACUGUCGAUCAGUCUGUUCAUGGAGUUUCAGGUGGGUUUUCUUUAAUGGAGCCGAGAGUACGGCCGGAAACUGCGGCGGCGGGAGGUCGCCGGAAAAGAAGAAGAACAAAGAGCACGAAGAACAAAGAAGAAAUCGAGAACCAGAGGAUGACUCACAUCGCCGUCGAGAGAAACCGCCGGAAACAGAUGAACGAGUUCCUCGCAGUUCUCCGGUCUUUGAUGCCACCUUCUUAUGUUCAAAGGGGUGACCAAGCAUCAAUAAUUGGUGGCGCCAUUAACUUUGUGAAGGAAUUAGAACAGCUUUUACAAUCCAUGGAAGCCCAUAAGAGAACCAGUAACGGCGUCUCUCCAGCAGUACCUUUUGCAGAUUUCUUCACUUUCCCUCAGUUCUCGACCUGCACCGCCGCCACGGAGUGCAGCGCCGCCGUCAACUCGCCGUGCGUCUCGGCCAAAAACGCGGCGGAGAUCGAAGUGAGCAUGAUAGAGAGCCAUGCCAACGUAAAGAUCCUGUCCAAGAAACGACCCAGACAGCUCUUGACAAUUGUGGCAGAGUUUCAAAGACUCAAACUCAGUAUUCUUCAUCUCAAUGUCACAACUACUUUCGACGAAAUGGUCCUUUAUUCAAUUAGCAUCAAGGUUGAGGAAGGAUGCCAGUUCAACACAGCAGAUGACAUCGCAGCUGGUGUCAAUAACAUGCUAUGUAGAAUUCAAGAGGAAGCGGCACUUGAAUUAUCUGGACGAUUAAUUACAAUUAGUUAAACCAUGU